AUGACCCAAAAGCCGAGUGUGGGCGCCGCCGCCACAUCUGCCGCCCGGAGAAGCGUUUUGGCUAUGGAGACUGGCCGGAUUGAUUGGAAGGAGGCUUUUCUGUUCUUCUACUGGGAUGCCAAGAAACUCCGCACUCGCCCCAAGGAGGGCCACAUAAUCGACAGGUUGAUUGUUGAGUUCUUUCAACAGACGAGGCCAUCCAUGUCGGACGAGGGUCCUGUUCUCAAUUGGGAUAUGACCCUAUUCAGACUUAUGAAUGCGUUACGAAGACAGCUCGGUUUUGACACAACAUCCGAGGUCACUCCUUCAACAUACCUUUUUCUGGGCCAAAUCGAUCCUCGAACCGCUUGGAACCAACCACCAUUUGUAGACUGGGUACGUCUCGAAACUGAAACUCAGAUUCUCUUCACCUACGCCAACAACACCAUUACCCGCUUCCUCGACCACCUCGUCAUUGAAGCGUACGGGCGCCAACACGCGCCAUGGACGUUGUACAACCCGUAUCUCAAAACGUUCCAAGAGGCCCACGAUAUCGAAAGCUGGAGUGUACCAUUACCAUUCGGCUACGCAGCUGAGAUGCUAUCGCAUCUCUCGUGGCCAGAGGGGUCCCAGAUCGCGGACAGCGGCGGGCUCGUACAUCCCCAGAGCGACGAGAUCCGCUUCGGCAUCUCCGUCGGACCUACCCACCGCUCAGCAAUUCUUGCAUUUCCCACCGAAGAGCUGACAAAUACUCGGAUAAUGAAUUUGACAAAGCGCUACUAUACGGCUAUGCUCGUCUGGGUGAGUGAGAUAAUGACGGGAGGGGCCAUUGAGUCCCUCCCCGGUCUGCUGAGCGACCAAUUUAAGGGCUGGGUGAAGGCGAACGACGACGAAGACAACGACGAGUCUCUAGCUGUGUCCAAGAGCCUUUGGGAAGCAUACAGGAAGAUUGGAUUGCAACCUUUGCAUGGCGACGUCAUCAGUGCCUCCAGCGGGUCAUCAGGCCUUCCGUGGACUGAUAUGUCCUCUGAAAGUUUUGUGGACGCCAAGAAGCCGGCUAGGAGUAGUUAUUUCCAAGCUACUUAG